CUGCUUCUUCCCGUUUCUACAGGUGGACUACCCUUCUCCCGGAAACACCCCCUGGCUAACUGGCUGUCGAGCAUGAUCACCAUCUUUGCUGGUGGUCUCCUCACGAACUUCCUCCUUGGCGAACCCAUCCUCGGUGCUAUCAAGAACAAUCAACAGCUCCUCCUCGCUACAGCUGUGUGGUACGUUAUCUUCUACUCUCCCUUUGACGUUGGUUAUAAAGUUGCGAAAUUCCUUCCGAUCAAGGUUCUCCUGGCUGCCAUGAAAGAAGUUUAUAGGGUGAAGAAGAUUAACGACGGAGUGACUCACGCGGCAAAGGUCUUCCCUAAUGGCUACUUGACCAUGAUUCUCAUUGGCACCAUCAAGGGCAACGGUUCUGGCUUCAUGAAGGUCAUGGAACGCUUGAUGAGAGGAGUCUGGACACCUGGGGCCGUCGAAGUUAUGCAGCCUACCUUCCCCACGAAAGCUUCCAUUGCGGCUGCAUUUAUCUUUGUGCUGGAUAAGAAGACCGAUCUUAUCUCCGCACCCCACGCUCUUGUCUACUUCGGCAUCUGCAUCUUCUUUGUUUACUUCAAGCUCUCAUCACUGCUGCUGGGCAUCCACGACCCCUUCCUGCCCUUCGAGAAUCUGUUCUGCGCCAUCUUCCUUGGGGGCAUCUGGGACUCCCUGGCCCAGACCCUCGCCGGCAAGAAGGGUGCCGCAGCCGAGAAGAGUGGAGAGGCUGUCAAAAAUGGCUAACCUCCCUGGUACGACUUGCACCUCGACCAAAAUCAGUGAAAUACAUUUGUAUUCACAGCACUUUUUUACCAACUUUUAUGGCAGUGAACACAUUGAUACACACAAAACAGUUCUGUGUUUACAACCCAUUCUAUAUAUCUUUUCUCUUAUUCUUUUGGACAAUUUUAUGACAAGUAAUUGAUAAUACACAAGGCCAAACAUAAAAUUGGCCUACAGUGGUCUUUCUAUGUGAUGAUUUCAUAUGAAUGGUGUGUUUAAACUUGAUGAAAUGGAGGAAAUUGGUAAAAGAUAUAGUGAAACGAAUUUAAUCUAUUCAAUUUCACAUUUGUUAUUAUUAUGAUUAUUAUUGUUAUAAUGAUUAUCGUUGAUUUUAUUAUGUCAGGAAAGUGGAAAGUAUAAGUGGUCAGAAUUCAUCCACUUAUUUUUAAUUUUUGUUUGUUAUAAUAUGUAAUGUUUGUAUACAUAGUAGCUGAACUGUUUCCUCAUUACUUGUACAGUGGAACAGGUAUAAAAUGUACAAACGACCAACCAUCUACGUGGUAUCGAAUAGUACUUUUUGUGACAAGGGAAUUCUUCAGUAUUAUUUAGUACUUAUACUCGGUAAUGGAACACAGUGAAUUGUUUCUUUCUUCCUGUUAUUUUGUCUGCAAUGAUAAAAUGAUCAUGGGGUGGGGACUUGCUUCUUAAAGUAUCUCAUCCCAGCGAUCUUGAUAAGAUAGUUUCAUGUUUUAAUUAUUUUAUUGAUGUUAUCUUGAUUAUUCUUAUUACUACUAUUAUCACUAUGAUUAUUUUUUUUUUCGGUUAUAGAUAUUAAUUUGUUCUUGUUUCUUAGGUAGUCAUUUCUCUUGAAUGUUUCUUAGUAUCCAUUGUCUGCAGGCCCCUACUAGUCAUGUUUAUGUGUUUCUUAGCAGAGGGUUUUGCCACGUUCCCAUCACACCUUUCCUUUCCAGUCGACCCUCCAGUCCAUGUACCUACUUCUCCACCCCCCUUAGCCCCCUUUUUUCGUACAGGAUUCUGGUAUGGGGACUGUGUGCAUUAUUCUCUGCUUUCCAUAGUAUUUUGUUGGUGAAGCAUAACCCAUUUUUUUUUUUUUUCUGGUCUUUUUAGUAAUAACUAAUAGUAUCUGAUUGGCUUAGUUAAAAGGAUAAAAAAAAAGGAAAGAAGUUUGGAAAGGACACAGAGACACGCUCAUAAAAGAUAUCUAGGAAUUUCAUGAGAGACCAGACAAAGUGCAGUAGUUUCUCAUGGUCUAUAUGUAUGUAUAAAUAAAAACAGAACUCAAGCAGCAAGACCUUAAAGUAUAUACAAACACACACAUGGUGUUAGUCAGCUGCUUUUUACGUCCACUCCACACACCUCCUUUUACCCCCAACCCCAACCCCCCACCCACCCACCCACCUGUGCAAUGGUCUGGCAUGUUGCAGCCACACAAAAGACAAACGAAAGAUAAUACUCGGCUGGGCAUGCUAGUCUGCAUCCUUUUUUUUUUUUUUUUUUUUGUCUUUGAUGAUGCCAUAAUGUCAGAAAUCACAGAAAAUUGUUAAAUUUUUACAGAAAAUAAAAAUGUGAGACCCUC